AGGCAGAGGGUGCUUCAAUUUUUAAUUAGGCUACUAUAGUUUUAUAAGUAACUGUUUGGUAAUUUUAGUAGUAAUUACCAAACAAUUGUAAAUGCAUGUGCAUGAGACGUUUCUUCUGUAUGCUACCUAAUGUGCAACUAAGCAUUUUACUCGCUUAUUUUAUUUGGGUACAGCGCACUCUCUGAACCAAUCGCUGACACUUCCUGAGUAAAAUAAUUUGUAUACGCCUACUUGUUUUACGGGCUGUGUAAACCUCGAACUUCAAAGAACACUUAUUUAUGGUGUUUAAUGGCCUUUGAUAGUUAAUCUUAUCCUGGAUUUCUAAUUCGUUUAGCCUUCUGACAACUUUUUUGAAGAAAAGAACCGAAGAUGAGUUUCUUAUUUGGAAGUCGUUCAUCAAAGACAUUCAAGCCAAAGAAAAAUAUUCCAGAGGGCUCUCACCAGUAUGAAUUGCUAAAACAUGCCGAGGCUACUUUAGGAAGUGGCAAUCUUCGAGCUGCUGUGAUGUUACCAGAGGGAGAGGACCUUAAUGAAUGGAUUGCUGUCAAUAGUGAGUUUGUGUAUGGAUUGAUUUUGAAGAAGAAAAGGAUUCAACCAUGUUUAUAUCAAAGGGUACAUCUAAUGUUUAUGAAUUUUUUAUUUAUUUUUUCAGCUGUGGACUUCUUCAACCAGAUCAACAUGCUUUAUGGCACAAUCACUGAGUUCUGCACAGAAAUCAGCUGCUCUGUUAUGUCUGCGGGGCCCAGGUACGAAUAUCACUGGGCAGAUGGCACCAACAUAAAAAAACCCAUUAAGUGUUCUGCCCCCAAGUAUAUUGACUACUUGAUGACCUGGGUUCAGGAUCAGCUGGAUGAUGAAACCCUCUUCCCUUCUAAGAUUGGUGUUCCAUUUCCAAAGAACUUCAUGUCAGUGGCUAAGACUAUUCUGAAGCGUCUGUUCAGAGUGUAUGCUCAUAUUUACCACCAGCAUUUUGACUCUGUCAUGCAGCUCCAGGAGGAAGCCCACCUUAACACUUCCUUCAAGCAUUUUAUAUUUUUUGUACAGGAGUUCAAUCUCAUCGAUCGUAGAGAGCUGGCACCCCUGCAGGACCUUAUUGAAAAACUGGGCAGCAAGGACAGAUAGACAUUGAUAAUAUCACCACAUCAGUCAGCCUUAACACUUUUAGCACUGCUGAAAGCCUUUCCUUUUUUUCUUUUCAUGUCCUAUCUUUGGAAUCUGCAUUGCUAUUUGUGCACACUGAUUGUCUUUGCAACAUCCCAAUUGAGCUUCUUGAAAGCUCAUAGAAUGGGUCCAUUGUUUCUUGGUUUGUGUAAAGUAUUUUGUUUUCUGUCUGUCGAUCUUUUCAGUAUUACAUUGUAGACUUUAUUUUGAGCUGUACUGAUCAGAAUUGAGUUUUUAUGGAAGUGAAACAAAAACCAGGAUUUUGUCAAACCAUACAUGCAUUAAUGCUUUCAUGGUGUUGAAAAGGUUUGGAUCUAUUUGUGGUGUAUUUUUGUAAUAUUGCAUACUGUUUUUAAUAUUUUUGUUUUGUAAAAUUUGAAUUUUUUUUUUUUUAUUUUUUUUUUCAAUAAUGUGAUUCAGCACUGAAUUUUAUUACAAGGCCUGUGUUAGGAUUUUAAGAAAUAUAAAUGGUUAUUUCUGAUGCUUAAAACCCCUUUUUAAUUGUAGGUUAAUUUUAGAGAUUAAUGUGAGACCAUUUACCUUGUUACAUUUUACAGAUUAAGUACUGAGUUUUCAUAGCAGGAGAGAUUAAAUGCAGGCAUGUCUGCAUUCCUGCAAUAUAUAUUUAUUUGUUGUCUAAAUAAUUGUCUACUAUAUCCAGAAUCAGAUUUUCUAGAGGAAAUGUUGGUUGUAACCAAUAAAGUUUGUAAAGAUU